AUGUAUCUCAUCAUCCUCUUGUUCUACUUAUUACCAAUUAUUGAAUCACAAACAUAUCCAUGUUCAUGUUCAUGUUGUAAUACGCCUGCAUGUACACCCAUUCCUCAACAAACUAUCUAUCUAUCAACUUGUACAAUCGACAUGUGUGCUAUACAAUGUCGAGCAUUAUACACUCAAUGUCAAAGCUCUUAUCCAAAUACUGUCGUAGCACAAUGUAGUGCAAGCAAUGUUCAAUUGUAUAGUUGCCGUUGUGAAUGCUGUAAUACUGGUUCUACCGCAUGUUUGCCUACAUAUAUUGGUAAUAGUGUUUCUUACACAUGUCAAGUAGGUUCAUGUAGUAUUUCAUGUGCUAGUCAGUAUCAAACGCAGUGCAUAUCGAAUGCAAAUGGACAAACGUUAGGAACAUGUAUAGGUCCAAUAACAACGACGACAACAACUACAACAAUUGGUCCGUGGUUAGGUAAUACGUGUUCUUGCUCGUGUUGUCAAACAGGUUCUUAUUGUACGCCUGUAAAUGUGGGUAUCACGUCUGCGUCUCAGUGUUUAACAACAUCGUGUACGCAAGCAUGUCAAGCUCGUUAUCCAUCUACGUGCCCAUCGAAUUAUGCUCUUGGUCAAACGAGUGGAACGUGCACGAGUAGUUCGACGAGUGGAAUUAAUCGCUGUGGAUGCCGCUGUUGUGGGACGACUGGUUGUCAAGAUUAUACCAUACGUACAAAUGAAGUUUGUACAACAUGUUAUUCACUAUGCCAAACACAAUCACCUUGUCUCAAUUCUUACCAAGUUACUUAUAACUGUUACUUAAAUCAUGCACAAAGACUUCAUUCGCAAUUUAGCUUUAUUUUUACUAUCAGUUUUCUUUUCUAUACUAUUUUUGAGCCAUUUAAAUUUUAA